AACAACAACGAGGUUGCGGCUGUUCGUGAUAACCUUCCCGUGUACUCCGCAGUAGAUUCAUAAUAAUUCAUAUGAUGAUAUUUCGGGCUACUAUUGAAUAUUAGGAUCCUGCAGAACAUCUGAAGUUUCUUCUGCUUUCUGAUCCUACCUGCACCGGGAUAUAAAGCUAAAAAUCCCGGAAAUGUUUUACGAUGAAGAUAAUGUAAACCUUUAUGUGACUGCCAAACAAAUAAAUUGCCGGGCAUUUUAUUGCCAGUUGUCAUUUAAUUUGAGGAACGAAAAAUUGUAUUACGGUUUUUAAAAGAUUUUCAUGAGGAUUGUCUUCCUCCACUUAGAGCUCGUAUUUCCGAGAACUUGAUUCCCUUCCAAGAAGGAGGUUCUUCAACAAUCAGAAUUGCCAAAGGGUUUAAAAUCUCAACAAUGCCGUACCUUGGUUCAGAGGAUACAGUGAAGGAGCUGAAGAGAGCCCUGUCCAACCCUCAUGUGCAAACUGACCAUCUUCGCUAUAGAAAUGUUAUCCAACGAGUGAUCAGACAUAUGACCCAAGGUGUAGAUGUAUCCAGUGUUUUUAUGGAGAUGGUUAAAGCAAGUGCUACCAUAGACAUUGUCCAAAAGAAGCUAGUGUACUUGUAUAUGUGUACAUAUGCUCCUUUGAAGCCUGAUCUAGCUCUUUUAGCUAUCAAUACUCUGUGCAAAGACUGUUCAGACCCCAACCCUAUGGUUAGAGGUCUGGCCCUGCGCAGCAUGUGCAGUCUGAGGAUGCCUGGCAUACAAGAAUAUAUUCAGCAGCCAAUCCUGAAUGGUCUGCGAGACAAAGCUUCUUAUGUAAGGAGAGUAGCUGUCCUUGGAUGUGCAAAGAUGCAGAAACUUCAAGGAGACUGUGAAGUGGAUGGUGCACUAAUUAAUGAGUUAUAUAGUUUGCUUCGAGAUCAGGAUCCCAUUGUAGUGGUAAAUUGUCUGAGGGCUCUUGAGGAAAUUCUGGCACAUGAAGGAGGAGUUGUCAUCAACAAACCCAUUGCCCACCAUCUUCUUAACAGGAUGCCAGAUCUGGAUCAGUGGGGGCAGAGUGAGGUGUUGACUUUUCUGCUGCGAUAUAAACCCCACUGUGAAGAAGAGCUUUUUGAUAUCCUGAAUUUACUUGAUGGAUACCUUAAAAACAGCAGUUCCAGUGUCGUGAUGUCUGCCACAAAACUCUUCUUGGUGCUGGCUAGAGAAUUCCCGCAUGUCCAGGCAGAUGUGCUUGUAAGAGUUAAAGGUCCACUCCUAACAGCAUGCACAUCUGGGAGUAGAGAACUCUGCUUCACUGCUUUGUGUCAUGUACGGCAGAUAAUAGACAGCCUUCCUGGCCAUUUCAGUAGCCAAUAUAAGAAGUUCUUCUGUUCUUACUCAGAACCACAUUAUAUCAAGUGCCAGAAAAUGGAAGUGCUGUGCAAGUUGGUGAAUGAUGAAAAUGUUCAGCCUAUAUUGGAGGAAUUGAGAGACUACUGCACUGAUGUGUCAGCAGAGCUUGCCCGGGCAGCAAUAUUUGCCAUAGGAAAUAUUGCAAGAACCUACUCAGAACAAUGUGUGAGGAUUCUAACAGAACUCCUUGAACUGAAGCAAGAACAUAUAACAUCAGCGGUAGUACAGGUGUUCCGAGAUCUGGUAUGGUUGUGUCCACAGUGUAUAGAGUGUGUGGCCCAGUCUUUGUCUGGCUGUGAAGAGAUCAUCCAGGACAGUGAGGGAAAGCAAGCAUUAAUCUGGCUUCUGGGUGUGCAUGGAGAAAGAGUUCCCAAUGCCCCUUAUAUAUUAGAAGAUUUUGUGGAGAAUGUAAAAUCGGAACCAUUCUCAGUUGUCAAGCUGGAACUACUGAUGGCUGUGGCCCGGCUCUUCAUAGCACGUCCUGCUGAAUGUCAGGAUACUCUGGGUCGAUUACUUUAUUAUUGCAUUGGUAAGUCUGUUACUUCUAUGGCGGUUGCUAUAGCGUGAAUUAGAUGAAAGACAACAGUUAUGUCCUGUUUCCCCGAAAAUAAGACCUUCCCAGAUAAUA